CGAGCUGCGAGAAAUAUCGUAUUUUAUGUGACAAUUUGUUUUAAAUAAUUUAUUUGAUUUUCACAGUGCUAUGAGAGAAAAAUAAAUUUUCUAUGCCACUAGCUAGCUACGCUAACCUUCAUGCCAAUAACCAUCUUGAAGCUUGUAAAAAAAUAGCAUAGCACAGGCAAUGGUAUUAAAUGUAGUAUAUAUUUAGAAUAAUAAGCAUUAAAAAAUCAUACUCAACCCUAGCAGCACAUAAUGAGUGAGGUUUUCAUAUAGUUGACGUAUCUGUUCUUUCUUUAUGUAUCUAUGGCUUGCAUUUGUUCCAGGGCUGGGUUUCCGAUUUAUAUCUUACCCCUAAACUUACUCCUAACCCUACCUCUACAUAUCCUCUUAGUGUAAAAACUAAAAUAUACCCUAAGUCGAGGUAGGUGCAGCCACAGCACUGCCAUACAUAUACAGCUCGGUUAAAAACAUUAAUUUUAUUAUUAUUUUGUGUAAGUAUGUAGAUUGGAGGGAUUCAAGAGGGAUUGGCUCAUUAACGAUUCCGUGCUCGAUUGCAGAACAGAUAUUAUAAUGAGUCGAAAGUGACAGUCAGAGAUGCACUUUGGGUAUUUAAUUUAAAGUCUAAAGAGGGGCGGACGGUCAUGUCAGAGAAAGUUGUUCAUUUCUUUAUGUCGUAUUUAUGCUCUUUUUUUGUACAUUUCAAUUCAAAUGAACAAUUGAAUGUAACCCGCCAUGGAUAUCCGGUGCUCAAAUAAAUUUAUCCGUGCGACAAAUGUACUCUCAUUGUAUUGUCAUCUCAAGAUCAAAGCGCCAAUUUUUACUGCUUUUAAUUUACCCAUUGUCAGUAGAACUUGUAAUAGUCCAACCAAUUUCAUCUAACAAAAGUCAAGCUAGUAAAUGUAUUGCACAACAGCCAAAUAAAAUGUUAAAAACAACAACAACAACAGCACACAUUUAAGAGCAAGAUACAUAGAUCAUUAAAGUAACUCGCGACAAGACAAUUAAAUAAGAGGCGCGGAGUUAGAGCGAUAGAGAGAAAAACUAGCGCUGUAGCAUCAAAAUGGCAUUCAAUCCGUUCAUUGAACGCUGGUACGAUUGUGAAAUGCAUUCACAUUGAAACUAUGAAAAAAAUAUAAAGCUUGAAAAAUUGUUAUGAAAAAAAAAAUAUCUUAUGAUCGAGUUGUGCGGAGUGUAUGAGGUAGACAAACAUGUUAUUAGAUAGAUUCGUGAUGACGAUUAGAUGAAUCAGUUCAACUAACUGACCGGCCCUUCAAAAUUGGAUUGAAAAGUUAUUGAAGGUUGAUGACUUAAACGAAGCUUAAUAAUGGAUUAGUUUUUAACGGUUUUUAAUUUAAUUUUUUUUUGAACUGAACGGAAAUGAAACUUUUUUUUUACUGAACGAUUUCUCUUCACUUGAAAAAGUAUUUUUGCUUAAUUCUGCUUUUACUAACCAUUUGCUGGCACAAAUGGACAGAGUUCACUUCAAUAACAUGGCACAAACAUGUUACAUACACUCUAAGCACUUAAACUGGUUUAGUUUAUAAAAGCAUUAAUCCCGCUAGUCAAAAUGAGUAUAAUAACGCGUUUAUCUAAAACAAAGGCGGCAAAAAGUUACAAUUUCUUUCUGUUUUAUGUGCUACUGGUCACGUCACACGACACGAGUAGAGAUAAAUUCCUUUGUCGUAAACAAAAAAUGAUUUUUCCUUGUGAUCAGUAAAUAUAUUUUCAUGACUGCUGCACGACUUGUAAGAAGAGAUGAAAAGGAACCUCACAGUUUCGACGAGGUCAUAGGGACUGUAGAUAAAUUGAAUUGAGAGCGUGAAUCUGAUGACAUGAAAAAUUCAUGUGAGAAAGCAUAAUUCGGCAUUAAUGAUUCACAAAUACAAAAAAGAAAGCAAAUAAGCAGUUUUUCUUUCUCGGUCUAUUCACAUUCAGUAUGCCACACUAUACAAAUAUCUAAUAUUUUAUCUCCAACUCUUUAUGCUGCCUAUUUUUUUGCGCAAAUUAAAAAUAGAUUUGCGACUUAGUUCUUCUAGUUUUAAAUGUGAAUUUAUUAAUUUAGCUCUCACCUUCUUCUUUUCCUCUUAACAAACAGUAGUCGCCAAGAUAUGAGAAAAACUGACAAGAAAUUUCUAUUUAUAAUAAAAUACGAAUUGAAAUAUUUUCGUUUCUAUAGAAAUAGAUGCGCAUACUGGAGGACAAAAACGUGCUAACGAGGAAGAGAAAAUCACAUUUAUGAAAUUUAUCGCACAUUAAGAAAUGAAGAGAAAAAAAAUGUAUAAAAAUAACAAAAAUAUUGUUUGUCGAUCUGUCACUAUUACCAUUGCACGUACCGACCAGGAAGUUUACAAUUCUGCUUCUAUUUUUCCUAUCCUUCAGCUAUGUCACUUUGACUUGAGCUUCUUCUAUUAUUAUUCUAAUAUCAACUUCCUAUUUUAUUAUUAUUAAGCUGUUAUUAUGACUCAAGGGAAUACAUUAAAGGUAUGGAUAUAGUCUCAUGCACAAAAGCUACCGCAUAAGUAAAUUUUCAAUUCAUUUUAAUUGAACGCGAAUAUGUUAAGUGGCGAAUGUACAAUAAUUGAAAGCUAUGAAUAUUUUCCACAGAAGUGUUGAAUCGUUGGUUUGAUGAGUCACGUUGGCUAUUGUAAAAUAAUUGGAUUAAGUCUUAAAUUACCGCGAAUUGGUGAAAAUUGUUGGCAUUAGGUGUAUCGGUUACUUGGAAUUAUUUUGAUGAUGUUUUAUGAGGAGAUUAUGGGAACUGGAUCUUGAAAAUUUUCUUUUGGAAAUAAAGUCUGAUUUUUUGUAAUUUGUUUUUAAAUUCUUUUUAAAGAAUUUAAAGGAAGUAUUCUUUUUUUUCCAUACUUUUCAUCUCUAAGAAAAACAAUAGCUGCUCUUUUCGAUAACUCUCAUGCCCUCCUUCGUAGUUGUAUGAUUUUUGACUAGUUGAAAGCACAAUUUUGAAUAAAAACGAUGCUCAAAAUUCAGCAAAAGAUCUAGAUUUAGAUGAAAAAGGGGGAGUCAACUUUGAAACAAUCAAAGGGGUACAAAGUAUGCAACAAAAAGAUCACAUUCAAAUUCAAAAUAUUCUUUUAAUAAUAUUUUAGAGUUAACAACCUUAGAAACCUUCAAGAAUAAUAAUUCCUACAUUUCAAGUCUAGAAUUAAACUAAUUGAUUAAACAACAACUUAAUUGACUAUAUUAACCGACUAAUUAGAUAUUUAAAUCACUAAAUUGAAACAAUAUUCAAAAAAACUAAAUCAACUAACGUGAAGGAUUGUUGAGCAAAUAGUAAUGAUUUGUUAACAAACAAAAUAGUCAAAAAUAGUCAUGUCAACUCUUAUCGAACGUUUCACAAAUUAAAAGAAAUUUCUUCAAAUAUUUGCCACUGAUUUUCGGAAGUUCAUUCACUCAAUGCUUUCGAAACAUCUCGAUUGACUUCUACACGACUUUUGUCAUAUAAUUUAAUCGAUAACUGUCGAAUAUUCGAAUUCUAGAAGAUUCGCGAACAAGCAAAAAACUAUUUGUAAUUUUUCUGAAUCACGAAACAAAUCUUAAACUUUAUGAAAUGUUUUAAGUACAACGUCUAUGCACGGUCUAAAUUUAAUAACUUCGUAUUAAACUGAAUAAUUACAAAUAUCAAGUAAUAAUAAUAAUAAAUGUAUGACUCAUCCAGAAAAGGUGAGAUAAGGAAUAUUACGUAUCAUCGUGCAAAUGUUUUAAGGAUGAUGAAAUUUUUCAAGUUUUUUUACUCAGAUUAUUUUCUUUGUCGUGAAUCACAAAAAAUUUUAUGCGCGGAUCUUCGAAUGUCGCGUCAUGUCAGCAAAUCUUUUUUAUUUUUAUAAAACGGGUUUUUUUUUGCUGCUGCUACUGAUGCUCUCUUACCGGUGAUCGUCAUGCAAAUGACGAAAUGAAAUUUGAGAAUUUGUCUUCUUCCUGGCCGUUAUUGACGUCUAUACCUGAGUUUAUCAUAAAACAGAUACGAAGAUGCGACAAAUGUUUUUGGUUUUUUUUCAUGGAAAUUGUUCCAGUUGACGUGUACCUACGUGUUAAUUUAUUGUUAUGUCCUUUGCCUAUUUCUUUUAUUACAUGUUUAUGUCCUCAAUUUCUUCGUACAUUAUCGUUCUGUGAUAGCAAUCUGAUUUGUAAUUAUGAAAUUCUUAAAAACAGAUGAACGAGCGGAAAGAAAACAAAAACAGAAAAACAAAUCGAGCAGUCUUAUUAUGGACGUAGAACUGAACAGUUGUAGCUUAUAGCUUCUCGUGUGAUCUUUUUAAAGUGUUCAAAUUUUAUUUUAAAAGUUAAAAUAAAUUCAAUUUAUUUCUCAUAAACUUAAAUCAAUUAAACAAAAGAAAAUGACAGUGUCAAUAUUACCACAGCCAAUAAACAUUAAUGUUCAUCACAGACGGCGAUGUCGUAGAAAGAGGCUUUCAAUAGCCACACGAUUUGAUGAACUGUAUAAAUUGACAGGCGAAAUAUUGGGAGAAGGUGCCUAUGCCUCAGUACAAACAUGUAUAAAUAUAUUCACCGAAGUAGAGUGUGCCGUUAAAAUUAUUGAUAAGAUACCAGGUCAUGCACGAGCUCGAGUCUUUCGAGAGGUGGAGACAUUCCAUCAUUGCCAAGGACAUCCAAACAUUCUUCAAUUAAUAGAAUUCUUUGAGGAUAAGGAGAAGUUCUACUUAGUAUUUGAAAAGAUCAAUGGAGGGCCUCUAUUGACGCGCAUUCAAGAAAACAUUUGCUUUUCUGAGCAUGAUGCAGCACAAAUAAUCAAAGAGAUUGCCUCAGGAUUGAACUUUUUGCAUAAGAAAGGCAUUGCGCAUCGUGAUCUUAAACCUGAAAACAUUCUAUGUGUCAAUCCCGACACAAUUUGUCCCAUUAAAAUAUGUGAUUUUGAUCUCGGCUCGGGAAUUAAUUUUACGACUGAUCUUUCCGAAUCGGUUGCCACACCGCAACUAUUGACACCGGUUGGAAGUGCUGAAUUUAUGGCACCUGAAGUGGUUGAUCUAUUUGUUGGCGAACGUGAGAGCAGCUACGAUAAGAGAUGUGAUUUGUGGUCAAUGGGAGUUAUUGCUUAUAUUUUGCUAUCUGGCUAUCCACCAUUUUCUGGCAAUUGUGGACAAGAAUGUGGUUGGAAUCGAGGUGAAAACUGUCAGAAAUGUCAAGAACUUUUAUUUGAGUCUAUUCGUGAAGGACGUUUUUGUUUCCCUGAUACCGAAUGGCGAGACGUCAGUAAUGAAGCUAAGGAUUUGAUUCGUAAUUUAUUGGUCAAGGAAGCAUCGAAGCGACUAUCAGCUGAGGCUGUACUAACCCAUCCCUGGAUAAGAGUCGCUGAUCAGAAUUGUGACAACGGAAAGCGCCAUCGUGCGUUGAAAACUCCAGGGAUUAUUCGAAGCAAUCAAUCUGCUCGUAAAUUAUCUCAAUUCGCUGAGUCGGCAAUGGCUGUGAACCGAGUUAUUUUACAACAAUUUUCCAUGCAACUAAAUUAUUUGAACAAGGAGCGAUCCAACAUUUAUCAACCAUCAGCAAAGACACAACCGCAACCAAUCCCACAACAACAAAAGAAGCAACAACACCAUCCACAUCAUAGCAGUUCAAAUGAUUCAUUCUUAAUGCCUGAUUUGCCACCACCGACAAAUCGUCAAUUAAGUAGUAGCGAUGAGGAUGACAUCCAUUACAUCAGUGAGUCAUCAUCACGCGGAUCCCAUCCAACAACACCAUCGGAGCCAUCAUCAGAUGAGGAUAUUCAGACAAUUUUGGACAAUGUCCUUAGUGAUACAAAUAAAAGUGGUGGCGGUAUGAAUAAUAUCAUUAAUAAAUGCGUCAAUGAUGAUGAUGUUGCAAGUCCAUUACAAUCACGUCGUCGCUCAGCACGACAACUAUACAUUGUAUGUCCAACGCCAAGUGGUUAAUAAACUACAAUUUUUUUUAAAUCUACUACUAUCUCUUUCUACUAUCAAACUAUACAUCCUUCAUUGAGUAAUUAAUCGUCUAUGCCUGGAAAAUAAUCUUAAAUUAUGGAACAGAAACAGAACAUCAACAAGAAAUCCUUUUAAAUGCAGUUUCUAAUAUUAUUAUUACUAUUAUUAUGUAGUUCUAUUUACUAUCUAAUGAACUUUAAUAAUUUUUUUGAUUCCCUGAAAAUGAACAGAAAAAAACAAUUUGGAUUGAAUUGGACGGGAAGUUGUGUUGAACAGAUUUUUUCUAUUAUCAUAAUUUAUAAGAAAUCAAUCGCAUUUCCUUAAGCAAAGAAUGCGCUAAAUACAAAAAAAAAACAUUUAAAUAAUAUUAAUAAUAAUACAGCAAAAAAAUUAUUAACUAUUUAAAAGAAAAAAAAACACAAAACCUCAGUGUAAAGGAGAUUUAGUGAUUUGACUAGCUUUUGAUGAGAAACAUCUUGGAAUGUGUCCAUUAAAAUGCUGUUAGAUCUACUAAUCUUCUACAAAAAACAACAACCUUACCUUUAGUAGAUUCUUUUUUUUACUUUAUAAAAUUAAUUUAAUUUUUUACUUCUAAUUUUUAGUUUUUUGAACUUUGAAAGAAACCUUAAAAUUUUUAUUUCCUGCUUUCCAUACCGAAACUGAUUUGUGGGACUUUUUAUUGUGGCGAAUUUUUAAAAUUGUUUGGAAUAUUUUUGAACUUUAUUGGAAAAUCCAAAAAUUAGGCAAGAAUUAAAAGUAGUGAUGAAAAUAUUGUUGGCCAUAUCAAUCCAGAGGUUGGUUUGUGAUUGUAGAUGUUCAAUAACAGAGGAAUGAUUGACUCCAAAUCUCUGAAAAUGCUGUUGUCUUUGUGUAUACCUGGACUAAGCUAAAACCUCUAAUAUCUAUUACAUUGAUACCUAUUUCACAGACCUAACCUAUCGGAUAAACUUAGUCAUCUUGCCUAGUAGUUAAAAACUGCACUCUAAAAGAUCUCUGAGAGUCAACCUCGAACUUAAAGUAUUUAAAGUUGAAACUCACUUAAAAAUUUCCAAAUUCCUUAAAAAAUCCCACAGAAAAAAAGGCUCAAAAAAUCAGUUUCGAGAAAAAAAUUCCCAAAAUUUGUUUAUAAACGUUUUGAAAACAAUAAGAAAGAUAGAAUUUUACUCACUUUGUGCUUCAAUAAUGAUCGUGAUAAGAUCCAAGCAGCGUCCUUGGAUCGACCAUAAUGAAAGAAUUUUAGUCAUAAGGUGUCCACAGAUUGUGCGAAACUUUUUUCGUGAUUUACGUGAAACGCUUUCUUAAAACUCCUUGUUUGUUACAAAUCCUUAAACUGCACAACAUCUGUGGCACCAAAAUAUAUAAUUUUUGUAUUGAGUAAAAUUUUAUCUUCCAA